GUUGCGCGGUUAUCUGUCCACGUCAGUUCGUACACGACUCUUCGGUAACAUAACCUAAAAGGUGAUCCGUGUCUUCUUCUUCGGAAACAUCGCAGAGUCGAUGAGCGGGACGUUCACGCAGAUGACAAGUUGCUCGCACAUUCCCUAGCGUAAAAUAAGAGCGCAGCGAAAUGCAUUGGACGUUGUGCGCGUUGAUCGUCGGGUCAUUCGGAUGCAAAUACAUACACGCUCAGGCGCAAAGAAUAGCACCGGGUGUCCCGCCGCAGCAUUACCAGCAGCCUUCCCAAAUGCCACCGCCACAGCACAUCCCGCAACAACAAUAUCAACAAAUGCCGGUGCAACAGCAUCAAGUGCCGAUGCAACAGCAACAGGUGCCUGUUCAGCAAAUACCGAUGCAGCAAGUACCUAUGCAGCAGCAGCAGGUACCUAUGCAACAAGUACCUGUACAACAAAUGCCUGUUCAACAUCAGCCACCGGUUCAACAGGGACAUGGGCAUGGACACGGACAUGGGCAAGGGCAACCUCAGAUACUUAACGCUGCUAAUAUAGCUCAUGAGAAAGAACACAUCGCGGAACACGCCGAUGUGCCGAUUGAUACAAGCAAGAUGACGGAUCAGGAGUUACAGUUUCAUUACUUCAAGAUGCACGACGCGGACAACAACAACAAGCUGGACGGUUGCGAGCUGAUCAAGUCUCUUAUUCAUUGGCACGAACAAGGAAACACGGAAUCUGGUGGGACGCAGGGCGACAAAUUGUUCAGCGACGAUGAAUUAGUACAAUUGAUAGACCCGAUACUUAACAUGGAUGACACCAACAAUGAUGGCUACAUCGAUUAUCCUGAAUUUAUUCAAGCCCAACAGAACGCCGCGGCUAGCUCGCGUGUGUAACAGUACAGCUCGUAUGAACUGUAAAAUUAAAAAGGAACUUUUAUAAAGACUAUAUAUAAUGAGGAAUCUCAUUAUAUCAUCAAUGUUCCACGAUGCUCAUUUGUUACGUCGGCAUUACACAUUCAUAUAUGUACGGUGAUGCGUAACAUAUUACGCCGAAUUCUGUUGGUACUUGUGAUAAUCCAUUUUUCACCAAUACGUUUAUAACUUUAUACAUGAAUAAGAAAAGGGGGAAAAAAAUACUUCGAUUUUUGUAUAUGUGAUGUGUCGGUAAAAAGUAUAUGAAUAGGGACAUGAAUACUGUCAUACAAUUAAAAAGAACUUGGAAUUCUAAAAUUCUUCUCAGUUAUUUAUGACAUUUAAUGAGAUUAAUUUUACGAUGACAGUGUUUGUACCGCACAUUAUUAUUCUACAAAAUGGUUGUAACAUUCUAGAGCGUUAUUAAAUUGGGUUUUUUGAUAUAUCAAGACUAUUUUUAUAUAGACGAGAAUACUUUAUAGAUUCUCCUGCUGUUAAUAAAUGAAAAGAUCAUUUAUUAGUUUUUACUGUUGUUCAUAAUUAAAGUAUAUCUAUAAAAUAUAUAGUAGUUUCAAUUCGUGUAUAACAAUUGUAUGUAUUAAAGAUAAUAUAUAUAUAUAGGUGUUUUGCUAGUGGUUUCUACAUAUAACACAAAGUAUAAACAAUCUCUUGUAUUCAGUAAUGUAUAUACACAUUGUUAUCUUUAAUAUUUUCAAAUGAAAAAGAAAAAAACAUGCAACAAUUUAA